AUGGCCAUCUCAAUUGCCGACGCACCAGGCCCAUUCUUGUACCCAUUCUUCCUCAUGCCUGACCUCAAGGCCGCUCCCCCGGUCAGGCACAGCUUGUUCCACCGCCUUGGACUUCGUAGCUGGCUGGGGAGGGACGGCGAAGGCAUCGAAUCUCACUCUCAGUUCAUUGCUCGAGAAUUGAGCCGCCAGCGCCUAGCGGGUCUUCCUUCUUCAAGUGCAAAGCGUGUUCACGAUGAUGUUGAAAACGACGUCAACUACGAUGAUGAUAUCGACGGUGUCACUUCCGUGGCAGACAGUGAGCAACUAGGGAGCUCACUCCCUCAGCCCAGUCCGUCGAACGUCACCGUCGGUUUACCUAGAGCCCCAACCUUUAAACGACAGAAUUCGGAGCGCCGCGACCACCUCACACCUUCGGAGUCUGGUCUAGGCCACAGACGGGCCUACUCUGCCGACCGUCAGGGAGACAUCGGACCAUGUAGAACGAACUCCCCACUCCCGCCUUAUUCUCCCCGGAACUCUGUGCCAGAUUUACCCACGAAGAACUAUGAUAUAUCUGCUCAGGCGUCUCCCACUUUGAUUAACGACGAACCGUCCCCACUUCAGCAGGACCCUGAACAGGGGCAAGGACAACCCCAAACUGAUUUAGCUUCGGAAUAUGGACCUCCCUCUGAAGGCACUAUCGAUAACGAACUAGAAGCGGAACUUGACAAGAAAUGGAUCCUUAACCUUAGUAUGAGGUUCAGGGACAAAUCUGACCGUGAAAAGUUUUUCAUUACUUACGCUGAGGCCCCGAACAGAUGGCGAAAGGUCACCGUGUCCUGUGAUUACCGUAAUGCCGAACCCGACUCGCUAGAAUCUGAUCUGAAAAAACUGCAAUACCACCGUGAAAAAAAUGCCCAUAUAUACGAAUCCAUCCGCGAGUCUAUCGAUGAGAUUCAGUUCUAUGACACUGUCACCAACCUCAAACUGGAAACUCGAGAUGGCCGUCUCCAUGUUCAUGUUACCGAGGAUGUGAACGAAGUCAUCAUUUUCCCUCCAAUCUCCAGCGUCGAAUAUCUCAACCCCCUGUUUAUCCCUGAAAGCGAACUAGACUUUGAUUCCCAUUUAUCUGGUUUUGUUUACCGAGUGAAGUACCAUGGAAAGGACUACGUGAAGAAAGAAAUCACUGGCCCCGACACCGUCGAGGAAUUUUUAUACGAAAUCAACGCCCUUCAUGCCCUUCUCGACUCUACCAACGUUAUCAAUUUUAGAGCAAUCGUUGUCGAUGACUCCGGAACCUUGGUUAAAGGACUUUUGAUAGAUUAUGCGGAACAGGGUGCCUUGGCCGACUUGUUUUACGACUUUAAAGGUGAACUGUCUUGGAAAAGGAGAGAACGCUGGGCGAAACAGAUCAUCAAGGGCCUCGGGGAUAUUCACGAAGCUGGCUUUGUCCAGGGAGACUUUACCGUAUCCAACGUUGUCGUGGAUGAGCACGAUGACGCAAAAAUAAUCGAUAUCAACCGCCGAGGCUGCCCGAUUGGAUGGGAACCACCAGAGUUUGCCAAAAAGUUGGAAAGUAAACAAAGAAUAUCCAUGUACAUUGGUGUGAAAUCGGAUCUUUAUCAACUUGGGAUGACGCUUUGGGGCCUUGCCAUGGAAGAAGAUGAACCAGGAAGGCAGCCUCGACCUCUCCUCAUCCCGGAGGAUAUGAAGAUCCCGGCUUAUUUCAGGAGAAUAGUUGACAUUUGUCUCAGCGAAAGACCACAGGGCCGUUUAUCCGCUAAGGACCUCCUCGCCUUGUUUGAUGAUCAAGAAGAGGAAGAUGAUUUCCCUGUUCCUGGAGCCGAGAUACCCCGAUACGCCCCCAUGCAGAAUCUCAACGGUGUGUAUCCGGGACACCCCCACACCAAUUACAACUACCAACUAAACUCAAUGUACAUGGACCAACACCCCAAGAGUAUGCACUAUGCCCCUGUGCCCACGGGAGAUCGCCUCCGCUACCAACACAUAGGAGUUGAGCCUGUGAUAAUGCCGCCGUCGAGGAAUAGCCCUGAUUUCCACUGUGUGAACAACAACUUACAAACCGCUCACCAUCAUGGCGAACAUGGCAUUCCCGAAUCUCCCCAUGCACUUGAUCAUAAUGGACAGUUUCUACCACCUGGAGGUCACUGGGCGAAUGGACACCAUCCAGUACCUUACUAUAAUCCUGCCUUUGUUAGACCUGCUCUAGCUUCGCACCAUGCCACUCUGGGGUUAUCCGAACUGGAGCUCUUGGAUCGCCAGGAUAGAGAGACGGAAUCUGACCCUCGAUUCGACGAUUUUGGGCCUACUGACCUCCCGCCGCAUUCUGAAAGUGGAUACACCAUUGACGAAGAUUAUGUCCAUGAACUGCAAGGCCAUGAUGAAACCGAACCCUCGUACCUAGUGGAUGACCAUUAUCCAGCACCUAAUCAAGCCCAUAUUCCCCUCGAUUCUCUCCCUACCCCUGAAGAUCAUGACGAACCCCAGCUGGAUUACCUUGAUGAGGUUACGGACGCCAAUCAGGCAGAUUCGCUAAAUGGCCAGGAAGAAAAUAGUUAUGCUGAGCCAGUGUUUGAUCUUGAGGAUCUUUCAGCUUCUCAACUACCAAUCAAUCCGGACUUCAUGAAGACCGCCAAUCCCGACCUGCCUACAUUUGCGGGUUACGACUAUUUUGAUAUCUCCCCAUCUGAAACUCCAUUAGAAUUGCCAGUUUCCAACGAUACCCUCCUCACCUCUGGUUUACCGAUCAACCCUCGACACAGUGUGCCCGAGUUCAAACCCAUGUCCUUGAAUAAGUAUGGCGAUGAUGAUUUCUUAUCUUCAAACUUGCCGAUUAAUCCGGCUUAUAUCGAUCCUUUAGACCGUGACAUCUCUCCACGCGAUCGAAUCAAGGAGGUCUCUCGCGACGACACAGGCUCCGCUAUACCCGGACUCCAGGUCACAUUUCAAGGUGAUCUCUUCCGUUCAGCGCUCCCUAUCAACCCCUGCCACAGUACGCAAGCGUUUGAAAAUUACAGGAAUACACCAUCGCGUCCUGAUCAGUUGCCAAAAAACCUUGGUACUCCUAAACUAGAAUACAUUUCUAAGCGAAAGAUAUCUAAAAAUACAAACAUUGGUACCCUUGCGUCUUCUGAUGCUUCGCGCGUUACCUCUAACGAUCUACUCACGUCUUUGCUGCCGAUUAAUCCACAAUUUUGCUGCCAGGAUCUCAGCGCUCCCCUGUCAUACAAUGACCUUUUUACAUCUACUCUACCGAUUAAUCCUCGCUAUAAAGGCCAAGAUAUCAGACACCUGAGGAACUUGGGUUGUCAUGUCCGCCCUCGUUCCAGCGCAAAACACCCUCCCGCUAUCCCAGAGCCUCUUCGCCAAAUACCCCCACAGCAACAGUCUUCCGCCUCAUCUCGGGAUGACCUUUUUCUCUCAAUUUUACCAAUAAACCCUCAACGCCAAGAUCCGCAACCCGAAAUUUUCACUAUCUCCGUUUCUGAAGGGGCCAACGGUGAUCUUUUGUCGUCAAAGCUGCCAAUUAAUCCGGCCUUCUCUCACCCAACGACUUUGCGGAGAAUGAUACCUAGCUCCCAGAAGCUAAACAAGGCAACUACAAAUACCCCUCCUACUGAACUGUUUACGUCAGUACUACCUAUCAACCCGGCUGCUCGCAUUUGA